AUGCAGAUUCAGCGUUACCCGGAAGGCAGCGAAUAUUGGAUGUCUUCUCCGGUGAGAAUCGCGCAACAAACACGACGUUACUUUAUCGAGGACGAUAAAUCGUGUCUGAAAAAUCAAGAUUGGCAAGGACGAAAUCGAGUUUACGUCGGACCGAUGUACAUCAUCCUGACGGUCCUGAGAGUUCACUUACGCAUCGUCGAAAAGGAAGACAAAGAGAGAACAAAAGGAAGAAAAAAGGGAAGAGCUUCGACAACGCGGAUCGCGCAUCUCAUCGGUGAUCACGUCGCGGACGAUGCUGACCGGCAUGAAGCGGCGCAAGAGACUACUAGCGUCAUCGAGACGAGCGGAAGCGUCGAAGAACCGCCGUCGCCAGAAGGUCGGUUGCAACCGGAGGAUCUCUCCGUCACGGCCAAGAUCAAGGACAUCCGGGACACCGCGGAGAACUUGCCACCUCUGAAGACACCCGAGCUGAAGCUAUCGGUUCGCAAACUGCUCGGAUGCACCCCUUCGCCACCGCCUAUAUCGAGGGACCGAUCACCCAGUCCGGAAAAUUGCGUUGAAUUAAAAAGUCAAAACUCUAGUGAUGGCAAAACUCUUGUAUCCUCCAAUGAUCAGGUCAAAGUGUCCUCGCAGGUUACAAGGUCGAGUGGACAAGGUCAAGAGGAUUCCGUUAAGGGAUCCAGCUGUCGAAGCAACGGAAAUGGCAACGGCAAGCAGAGGAGAUCGCGAACGAACUUCACCAUUGAGCAAUUGGCCGAGCUCGAGAGGCUCUUCGAUGAGACGCACUAUCCGGACGCGUUUAUGAGAGAGGAGCUGAGCCAGCGGCUCGGUCUCAGUGAAGCGCGGGUACAAGUCUGGUUCCAGAAUCGACGUGCCAAGUGUCGUAAACACGAGAGCCAGUUACACAAAGGUAACAUGCUCAUGGUGCUGGCACCGCGCAGCCCGCCGACGACGUUGGAACCAUGUCGAGUUGCACCUUACCUGCCAGCUCUCAGGUUACAUCCGCCGCCGAUGCAGGGAACGGCUACAAGUGUAACAGUAGGAUCAGCUUUUGAUCCAGCGGUGCUGCACUACGCGGCAGCCGGAGGUCUCUUCUGUCUGCCACCACCACCGCCACCGCCGCCCCCGGCGACGUCGGCUGGUCAUCCUCCUCAUCCGUUGAGCCUGGCGGCGUCGUUGGCCGCUGCGGCGGCUCGCUCGAAGAACAGCAGCAUCGCAGACCUUAGGCUGAAAGCGAGACGGCACCAGGAGGCCUUAGGGCUCGACAGGCCCGCGUAAGGUUCGCGGUGUGGUACGUCUUGGACGAAGAGGGAUUCGACGGGGAUGAAGAAGUGCGAGUUGUCGUGACGGUUGCACGUGUCGUUGUUUUGUGCAGAAACUUGCUCGCGUAUAAGAAUAUAAAAGCG